UUCAUUCAAUUCCACUACAAAUAUAUCAUAUCAUGGAUAAAGAAGGUACUCUAUGUUUGGUGCGCUUGCGAAGAUCGGUCGCCUAAGCUACUUAAUAUAUCCGUAGCAAGAUUGAGAGAACUGGCUCCGUAUUACAAGAUCUGCAAGGCAUUGCUGUCGACCUUGAACAGCGUGACCAAAUCCGCAUACGAACAUAAGCCAAACCAGUACUACAGCCGCACAGAUGGUAUCUUCCUCGUAGAGAUCGAAAUCGUCGACAAUUCCGACCUCCUUCUCCAUCUUUUUACGCCGUUUGGGCGAUUUCAGACGUUUCAUAGUGGUACCUCUCUUGGAGAUGAGCUAGCAAUGUCGUUCGAGUUCUUAAAAAAAAGGACUGUCUCUUGAAGAUGUGACAACGAAGGUGGUAGUCAAGGACGGGGAUUACGAAAGGAAGCAUUCCAAAAUGAAGUAUUCCAAGGAGUUUGGACGCGAGCGAACCCGGCUGUAUCUUAUCACAGCAAUCCCCAACGUUCCUUUCGAGUUGACAGAAGGUAAAGAACUUGCUUAUCGAUAUAGAGACUUGGAUGACGAACACAUCCUUUUUCAAGACGUUGAAAAGUAUGUAUUGCGAGCAAGUUCUUAGCGAAGAGUCUGUAAAGCAUUUAGGAAAUUAUCUUUUGUAACCAGUCAGCUUUGGCUUUAUAACAACAAUAUCUCUCGUAUUACAGUAACGCUUCGUUAGCCUGAUAGCAUAUACCAAUCUCCGUACCAAUGAAUUAGUAC